AACAACGUUGACAGUCCGCGAUUUUACGUUGAAGACAGCGAAAGAUUCUCUUCAGCGUUCUCAUAAAAUAACAAGGACUGCAUAUAUUUAUUUAUUUAUUUAACAUAUCCAGUUCAGAUAGAAAUAAUUUAAUUGAAGUUAAAAAAGGGAAUAUUUCGAAUUUUGUUAUAAAUUAAGAACGGACUAAAUGUGAUUUUAACGGAUAAUUUAAAUUAUAAAGAUGUCUACAGUUUUAUCACUAGUAACUUUAGUGUCAAUACUUUUACAAACAGUCGUUUCACAAGGCGGAUACAAACGAGUAUGUUAUUACACCAACUGGGCUCAAUAUAGACCAAAGGAAGGCAAAUACCUGCCAGAAGAUGUCGAUGCAAACCUAUGUACACAUAUUGUCUAUGCAUUUGCAAAGUUGAAAGGCAACAGACUUGAACCUUUCGAAUGGAAUGACGACUCCACAGACUGGAUGAAAGGAAUGUAUAAUAGAUUAAAUGACCUGAAAAUGAAAAACCCAAGUCUGAAGACAUUACUGGCAGUAGGUGGCUGGAACAUGGCAUCUAAACCUUUCACAGCAAUGGUUGCCACUCCGGCAAGCCGCCGGGAAUUUGCAACAACAUCUGUACAGUUUCUCAGAGACCGUAAAUUUGAUGGUUUGGACUUGGAUUGGGAGUACCCUGCAAACAGAGGUAGCCCGCCCGAGGACAAACAAAGGUACUCGGAACUUGUUACGGAAAUACGCCGAGCUUUCGACGAGGACGCCAGGAGAACUGGUAGAGAACCUCUGUUGCUGACGUCAGCUGUCGCCGCCGGGAAAGAUAAAAUUGAUACAGCCUACGAUAUUCCGUCCGUCUGCAGAGAUAUGGAUUUUAUCAGUAUCAUGACGUAUGAUUUACACGGCAGCUGGGAGGACGUGACAGGACACAACAGUCCAUUAUAUGCUCACUCUGGUGAAACAGGCAAACAACGUUAUCUCAAUAUGGAUUGGGCGUCAAAUUACUGGGUACAAAGUGGUUGCCCAAAACAUAAACUUGUUAUAGGAUUGGGUCUAUACGGCAGAUCAUUCACACUUAGAGACCCGACAAAAAACGGCCUGAUGGCAGCAGCUAAAGGCAAAGGAAAGGCUGGAAAAUACACACGAGAAGGCGGAUUCCUUGCUUACUACGAGAUAUGUGAUAUGAUAAAUAAAGGUGCACAGUCACAUUACAUAAAAGAACAAGAAGCCCCAUAUGCGGUACAGAACGAUCUGUGGGUUGGAUACGAUGAUGUUGACAGUCUUAGAAUAAAAGUCCAGUGGAUGAAGAAGAACGGAUUUUCAGGAAUAAUGGUUUGGGCACUGGAUCUUGAUGACUUCAAAGGGACAACCUGUGGACAAGGACAAUAUCCGCUGAUGAAUGCAAUCAACCAGGAACUAAUGGGUACAAGUGUUGUACCUCCAAAAACCAGACCUAACAGGGUGCAACCAGAUUUGUCUCAAAUGCAAACAAACGAAAACCAUAACAAUAACUGGAACAAUAAUGAGCAGAAUGCCUGGGAACAGCAUCAUCAAAAUUAUCAUCACCAGCCGACUAACAACUGGAAUCAGGCUUCCGUCAACACCAAUGUAAUGACGUCACCUCCAACAACACCCCCAGCAAAUUUACCUCAUUUAACAAACGAGUUCAAGUGUCCACCAAAUGAGAAUACCUACUUCCCAAGUCCAACGUCAUGCGAGGACUACUUCAUCUGUGCCAGCGGGUUAUCAUUCAAGUUUACCUGCUCACCGCCACUAAAAUGGAACGCUGUAAACAACUUCUGUGACUGGCCGGAAAAUGUUCAAUGUAAUAAGAAACCAGUUAAAACUAGACCGGCGCCAGUUCCAACCAAACCAGCACCAAUUCCAACGAAACCGAUUCCUCCGGUUUUGACACCUUCCACAAGAAGGCCAGUACCAAGGAGACCACCUCCAGGAAGACGAAUGCCAAAACGUCCGACACGUCAGACAACGCUACCUCCAACCGUACCAACCACACAAGGUAGUUUUACACAACCAACACCACCAUGGGUAGACUGGUCAGCAUGGAUAGCAGAAUUUUGGAAAGCUUUAACAUCGAUGACAGGUGGACAGAGCGACUGGAUGAAACAAACCUUGCAAUCUGCAGCAAACCAGGCAACAUCUCAAAUGAUGGGUCCAGGUGGAGCGCUUAUUGGUCCUGAUGUUCCAGCAAUAGGCCCUAAUGUUCCACCAGGUGCUAUUGUCCCACCGGUAAUGGGUCCCGGAGCAGCACCAGUGAUUGCACCUGUUCCUAAAAAGUUUUGUGACGGUAAAAAUGAUGGAAUACACCCAGACCCAACCGAUUGCAGUAAAUAUGUAGAUUGUGUACAAGGAAGAGACUAUCAAGGGUCCUGCCCUUCAGGCACAUCAUUUGACGCUACAAAUGGAGUUUGUGAUUAUACUCAUAAAAUUAGCAGAUGUGCAACUCAACCUGCGCCAGCAUGGUAGUGACUGACUUUUAUUUAUGAAUGGUAAACUUAAUACUUAACGCGGAGACCAUAUGUCCCUGUUUCACUGUUUACCUUUUAUAGGCUAGACACAAUAUUUUGAAAUAACAUUGUUUCAAUUCAGUACACCACAUAUACUCGGCGGUAAGCCCUGAUAAAUGAGCUUACGGCCAAACCAGUCACACAUGUGCCUAUUAAACCAAACGUAUCAAGAAAGACAUUAAGGAAAAAGUUCCUUUUGAUUAAAUACAGAUAUAAAUAUUUGAACAAAUUAAGCGUAACAAGACCAUGAUAAGCCGUUGAAAUAUCUUUCGUUAUCUUAGCUUUAAGUUUAUCAGAUGCAUUUGCUUUUGUAGUUCAGUAGAUUUAAAAGCGAAGCUUAUUCUGUGUCCUUUGAUCAUCAACCCACAUUGUUUUGUAUGACUGGCUUGCUAACAUCAUGUUUAACAUAUUGGUCUGUAUAUAACGCCCUCGUUGCUUGAGAUCCUCAUGUCGCCACCUGGAGACAUUGUUGUUUAGAUGCAAAAUGUAUUUUUUUGUAAUUUAUUUUCCGACUUGAAAUAUGUUUCUAUCAUUGUUGACCUGCUUUUGUUAUCUGUUGGCGAAUUAUAAAUGAUUUUUUUUAAUUACAAGAGAGAAAUAUAUUUCUUGGGUCCUCAUCA